AUGUCUUUAAAUCAAACAAAUAACACAACACUCGUCACUCAACCAUUGUUCGGAGGAGCAAUGUGUAUUGAUUUACCAUCAAGCUAUUUGGAUUCUUCAAAUUUUAGAGAAAUUCCCGAUAAUCAGGAAGUUUGGACUGAUAACUUGGAAGUGCCUUCACAAUCAUCACAAUCAUCAAGUUGUCCUUCAGUAAUUAUUGAAAUUCUCGGAAGGUGUGAGGAGCCAAACCAAAGUGUGACAUCAUUCAUGUUCGACGAUUUGGCCACUGCUAACCAUGUUGCACCAAAUGAUCGUUCCUUCUUAUUCGAAUUUGAUGAUACUACAAUGACAAAAUCUACCAAUUUCCCAAAUGCCGAUUUUGCUGCUGGUGGUAUUGGACAAAUGAAAGUGGAAAAGAAUAGAGAUUUGGAUUUGGUAACAGUAUUUGUUUGGGUUUUAAGAUUGAAGGAAAUUGAUACUGACAUUCUCAUCACUCUCAAUGAUCCUUGUAUUCAAUAUUCUAAUGCUCAAGAAGCCACACAAUCACCUCGAUUCCAAUUAUUCUCAAAAAUUAUCAGAUCCUUAAAGGUUUUGGACUGGGGAUUAUUUUGUUAA